AUGCCUCGCGGAUUCCUGGUGAAGCGGAAGCGGCGCGCGCCCGCGUCCUACCGGCGUCCUACCGGGGGUCCUACCGGGGACCCACCGGAGGGCGUCCGGGGCGCGUGGAGCCCGCACGUGGAGUCAGAAACGGACCGGCGCGCGCAGCUGCCCGAGACCGAGGAGGAAGAGGAGGAAGAUGUGCGCGAGGUGGAUGUUCUGGGUCUGGAGGGGGACUUCUAUCCCCCCCCGGUGGGCACGCGCGCGCAGGUGGUGGUGGAGCAGCACGCGCUCCCGUUCCCCGGUGUGGGUCUCGCGCCCCCGGACCUCCCGGACCUCCCGUUCCUCGUGCCCCCCGCGUCCAUCGAGAGGCUCCUCGCGACUGGACACCGCGCGCAGCCCCACGGGCAGCACCGGGACCCCGGAGUGGCGCACGCGCGCGUGCACGUGUUCCCGCCGCUCACGCUGAUGACCCACGAGCAACAGCACGAGCACCAUCACCACCACGCCGCCAAACAGCCCCAAAGACCGGGGAACCCCCCCAAGAAGCCCAAAGCCAACCGGAAGCUCAACUUCGAGGAUGACGUCACCACGUCCCCGGUCCUGGGUCUGCGGAUCAAGAAGGAGGGCCCGGACCCGCGGAGGCCCCGGGAGAAGCCCCCCGGGGCCUCCGGUGGCGGGGGGCGGCCGCUGGGGGAGUUCAUCUGCCAGCUGUGCCGGGAGGAGUACCCGGACCCGUUCUCGCUCGCGCAGCACCGGUGCUCGCGCAUCGUGCGCGUGGAGUACCGGUGCCCGGAGUGCGAAAAGGUCUUCAGCUGCCCCGCGAACCUGGCCUCCCACCGGCGCUGGCACAAGCCCCGCCCGGCCCAACCGGGCCAACCGGGCACCCCGGCGGCCCAUGCGGGCCCGGAGCCGCUCAAGGACGCGCACGUGCCCGCCACGCACGCGCCCACGGAGCUGGAGGGGAAGGAGAACGCGCAGCAGCUGCUGGGGGUCAUCAGCAACGUCAAUCAGCACCACGCGGCCCCGGACAGCUCCCCGCUCACUCACUACGACCCCCCGGGGUCCCGGUACCGGAACCGGAACCCGAACCCGGCCGACAGCCCCCCCUCCGGGCUCCUGAUGCUCACCGGGAGCCCCGGGGCGCGCGCGGACCUCUCUCCCGCGCACGCGCAGCUCCCGUUCGCGCGGUCGGUACCGGAAGAGGAGCUGUACGACUGCCGGUACUGCGGGAAGAGGUUCCGCCGCAUGGCCUACCUCAAGAAGCACCUGGCGGCGCACGAGACCACCACAACAACAGCGCGUGCGUCCCCACCCGUGUCUCCUUACGGCCACGCGCGCGAGGCCACCGGAAGCCAGGGCCAGGUGUUCCUGUGCCACCUGUGCGGCGCGCGCUUCCCGUCGGCGGAGAUCAGAGACAAACACCGGCUGUGGCACGCGAUGCGGGAGGAGCUGCUGGCGGAGACUCUCGGGGGCGCGCGCCGCGCGGACGUCUUCCACGCGCACCGGGAGGCGGAUAACGGCGGCCCCGGGGAGCGCGAGACGCCUCAGCAACAGCAGAUCUUCACGUGCAAGUACUGUCCGUCCACGUUCUUCAGCUCACCGGGGCUCACGAGACACAUCAACAAGUCCCACCCGGCCGAGAACCGGCCCGUGCUGCUGCUGCAGAUGGCCGUGAGACCCUGA